GGUGUGUUCAGAGUAGGUCAGUGCAGGACAGGUAUGUCGGAGGACGACCUCGGCUGUUGCGUAGCUUGAGGUUGAGGUCCACAGUAAUUUUCCAGGUAAUUUGUCCCUGAUGAAGCACCGUAGCCCUCCAACAGGAGCAAACACUUGAGGAGUGUUGUGAGCAGCCAAUCGUCAGCACAGCCCCGCAAGACUACACGGCUGGGAGUGGGAGGGAGGACUCGGGAAGCAAAACAUGGCGAAAUAACAAGUUUGGCUGUUAGCUGCUUUUUUGAAAUUGCACCGUGUGUGUAGAGUUGGACUACAACUACAAGUUCAUCAAAUUUGGACGCUGGAGAACGAACGCAAGCGUAACUUUAAAGAGUCGACGACCCCAGUUUACAAGUAUUACGGUGGUUGCUGGCGAGAAAAUAGUGCCUGCCUGCCUGUCUGUGCUUUGCCCGGAAGAUUGGCAGUGCUAGGCGCGACUGUCAACACAGAAAAUGGAUGAAGAAGGAAAGUUCAUUCUGGAAAAGACAAUUUAGCCGACUAGUUUAGCUACGUUAGCUAGCCAGUAACGGUAGAUUGAUUGCACGCACCUGACUCGGUACUGACUGGUACUCGGCUUAACGUGCGCUCCGGUCGAAAUUGAGGAAUAUUUAAAUCGUGUUAUCAAGUUUGGCAACUGCAGCCACAAGAGAGUCGUAUUUCAAACGAGGCCAUCGUUUUAAUUUUUCCGCAGUUAAUAUUCUGGUUAUCUGUGUAAGGCUAAUAUUGACAGCUUGACAGCCGAUUCUGGUGCGGACGGACCCGGACGCCAUCACAUCAGACGUUGCGUUCUCCAUAAAAACAACCACUGCGUUGCUCCGCCGUAAAUGUUGAUUUCUACUUCAACAGCGUGACCAGGAAUGUUUCAGUGGCACACCAGACCUGUCUAUUAGUUUUUUUCCCGGCGACACGCAUCAUUUAGUCACACAUAACAUUAGCUGAAUGUUGACCAGCAGCAGAGACGUCUUGUCAAAAUGAACGCAGCAAGGUGUUCAACAACAGUGGAGGUGCAUUGCAUUGAAAACCUGCCAGUUUUCAGUACGGUACCGAUGGCCGGCUAACGGUGACGUUAACAGUUUGUUGAAAUAUCUUAUUUUAAGUUAAAUGUAUUUUGAUCAGUUAUUGUAACCGGCUUUUCUGUAAAACAACUGCGGAUAACAUUAUAGCUCUCGACCAGAGUUGACGUGAGCUAGCCUGCUGGGUGCGUCUGUGGCAGCUCUAUCUGCGAUGUGUUUGCUAAUCUACGUGCUAUCGUGUUGUUCCGCAACAGUUUAGCAGAUUGGACAGCUCGUUUGCUGUAUUUAAUCUAUAGAUAAACUCUCUCAAGAUCCGUUAAGCAGCCUCUUAAAAUUUCCACAAGUACUUCUUGUCAAAUAACUGGCUAACUUGGUAGCUAAGGUCCUAAGUUUCGCCAGCUAUGUCUGAAAACGCCCCCACACGAAGCCUGGAUGACAUAGACCUCGCAGCUCUGAGGGAUCCAGCAGGUAUCUUUGAGCUGGUCGAGGUUGUCGGCAAUGGCACAUAUGGACAGGUGUACAAGGGGCGUCACGUGAAGACGGGCCAGCUGGCUGCCAUCAAGGUGAUGGAUGUUACAGAGGAGGAAGAAGAGGAGAUCAAAGCAGAGAUCAACAUGCUGAAAAAAUACAGCCAUCACCGCAACAUAGCCACGUACUACGGUGCCUUUGUCAAGAAGAGUCCACCAGGACAUGAUGACCAACUUUGGCUGGUGAUGGAGUUCUGUGGGGCGGGAUCAGUGACCGACCUGGUGAAAAACACUAAGGGCAGCUCUCUAAAGGAGGACUGGAUUGCUUACAUCUGCAGAGAGAUCCUAAGGGGCCUUUCCCACCUCCACGCCCACAAAGUUAUUCACAGAGACAUCAAGGGCCAGAACGUGCUGCUGACAGAGAAUGCAGAGGUCAAACUUGUUGAUUUUGGUGUGAGUGCUCAGUUGGACAGAACUGUCGGGCGUAGGAACACCUUCAUCGGCACACCUUACUGGAUGGCACCUGAAGUUAUUGCUUGCGAUGAGAACCCUGACUCCACCUAUGACUACAGGAGUGAUAUCUGGUCCUUGGGGAUCACAGCCAUUGAGAUGGCAGAGGGAGCUCCUCCCUUGUGUGACAUGCACCCGAUGAGAGCCCUCUUCCUGAUUCCCAGGAAUCCCCCUCCGAAACUUAAAUCCAAAAAAUGGUCCAAGAAAUUCAUUGACUUUAUAGAGGGCUGUCUCGUGAAGACUUAUACCAGCCGACCAUCCACAGAGCAGCUUCUCAAGCACUCCUUCAUCAGGGACCAGCCCACUGAGCGUCAGGUCCGAAUUCAGCUCAAAGACCAUAUUGACCGUACACGCAAGAAAAGGGGAGAGAAAGAGGAAACAGAGUAUGAGUACAGUGGUAGUGAUGAAGAAGAUGAAAAUCGCGGAGAAGACCGAGAGUCAAGUUCAAUCCUGAAUGUGCCCGGUGAGUCCACCUUGAGGCGGGACUUCCAGCGUCUGCAGCAGGAGAACAAAGAGCGCUCGGAGGCUCACAAGAGGCAGCAGGCCCAACUGGCUGCUCAGCGUAGGGACCCUGAGGAACACAAGAGGCAACUGUUGCAUGACCGACAGAAACGCAUUGAAGAGCAGAAGGAACAGCGUCGCCGACUUGAAGAGCAACAGAGGAAAGAGCGAGAUAUGGUGAGGCAGCAAGAAAAAGGUCCCCACCGGAGACUUGACGAUAUGAGACGGGAGGAAGAUAGAAGGUUGGCUGAGAGGGAGCAGGAGUUUAUCAGACAUAAGUUAGAAGAAGAGCAGCGGCAGUUAGAAAUCCUUCAGCAGCAGUUGCUUCAGGAGCAAGCACUGCUUAUGGAGUAUAAGCGCAAGCAGCUGGAGGAACAGCGUCAGUCAGAGCGACUGCAGAGGCAGCUGCAGCAGGAACAUGCCUAUCUGGUUUCUCUGCAACAACAGCAGCAAGAAAAGAAGCCCCAGCUUUACCACUAUAACAAAAACCUGGAGCCCAACAACAAACCUACCUGGGCCCGUGAGGUGGAGGAGCGAAGUAAGCUCAACAGACAGGGCUCGCCCAAAAUCUGCACCACUGUCUCCGACACUGCCAUCCAGUCGCGCUCUGAUUCAAUCAGCCAAUUAGGAGUCCAGUCUGCUCAGACCCCACCAAUGCAGAGGCCUGUUGAACCCCAAGGGGGGCAGGGAAAGUUCCAGAUGGCUCACUUGGUUCCACUGAAGCCUUAUGCUGCGCCUGUCCCUCGUUCCCAGUCCCUCUGUGACCAGCCCACUAAGACCAUGUCCGCAUUCCCCACUCAGGAUCCCUCCCUUACCCCCACACCUCGCCCCAUCCACUCUAGAGAGCUGGUGCGACAAAACUCAGACCCUACUUCUGAAACUCCGGCACCACAGGUACACCAAAUCAGAGAGGAUCGCGGCCCCUGGAUCCGCCUGCCCGAUGUGGAACUCCCACCCAAGAUUCCCCAGAGGACAGCGUCUAUUGCCACAGCACUCAACACCAACCUGACCUCUGGCAUACGGCAUCCAGUACGAGCCAGCAAUCCAGAUCUCAGCCGCAAUGAUCGCUGGGAGAGAGGAGACUGUAUGAGCAUCCUAUCCAAUCUGCCCCAGACUGGCUCUCUGGAGAGGCAUCGCAUCGUCAGUUCCUCCAAAAUGGAUUCACCCAUUCUCUCCCAUGAUAGUCGUCAUAAGCCAGGAGAGUCUCGCACCUCCUCCCGCCCCGGGCGCCCCGCUAGUUACAAGAGAGCUAUAGGGGAGGAUCAUGGCCUCUUUGCCAAGGAGCGUGCUGAGGAGCAGCCAAGGCCUCCAGUCAAGGCCAACGAUUACUCCUCCUCUUCGGAGAGCAGCGAGAGUAGCGAGGAGAGCGAGAGUGGCGAGGGAGCAGAGGAGGAAGAAAGCCCCACAGAUCGUCACAGGGACGCAGACACUGAUUCAGUCAACACCAUGGUGGUUCACGAAGACGAAGGCGAGGGGGGAGAGGGAGAGCAAGCUGGAGGCUAUGGGGACCAGACCAUGCUGGUGCAGAGGACCCCAGAGAAGCGGAGCCAUAAUGGAUACACUAACUUGCCAGAUGUGGUGCAGCCCUCCCACUCGCCCACUGAUUCAGCCACUCACUCCUCCCCUGGGAAGGACUCUGUUUAUGAUUAUCAGUCCAGAGGUUUGGUUAAAGCAUCUGGCAAGUCCUCCUUCACCACCUUUGUGGAUCUGGGCAUGUACCAGUCACCCGGGAGUACAGGGGAUAACAUGUCUAUCACUGGCUCCAGGUUCGAGCAGCUGAAGAUGGAGGUGAGGAAAGGAUCCAUGGUGAAUGUCAAUCCCACCAACACACGCCCCCCUAAUGAUACACCUGAGAUCCGCAAGUACAAGAAGAGGUUCAACUCUGAGAUCCUGUGUGCUGCGCUCUGGGGUGUGAACCUGUUGGUGGGCACAGAGAACGGUUUGAAGCUGCUCGACCGUAGUGGUCAGGGGAAGGUUUACCCCCUCAUCAACUCCCGCAGGUUCCAACAGAUGGACGUCCUGGAGGGCCUCAACCUGCUCAUCACUAUAUCAGGCAAGAAAAACAAAGUGCGUGUCUACUACCUGGCCUGGCUGAGGAACAAGAUCCUCCACAAUGACCCUGAGGUGGAGAAGAAGCAGGGCUGGACCACAGUGGGGGAAAUGGAGGGCUGCGUGCACUACAAAGUGGUGAAAUACGAGAGGAUAAAGUUCCUGGUGAUUGCUUUGAAGAAUGCGGUGGAAGUGUAUGCUUGGGCGCCCAAACCUUAUCACAAAUUCAUGGCCUUCAAGUCUUUUGCAGACCUGCCACACAGGCCUGUCCUGGUCGACCUGACGGUGGAGGAGGGUCAGAGGUUGAAGGUCAUCUACGGUUCUUGUGCUGGCUUCCAUGCCAUCGACGUGGACUCCGGGAACAACUAUGACAUUUAUAUUCCCGUUCAUAUCCAGAGCCACGUGCAACCGCACGCAAUCGUGUUCCUGCCCAGCUCAGACGGCAUGGAGAUGCUACUGUGCUACGAAGACGAGGGCGUCUAUGUCAACACCUACGGACGUAUCAUCAAGGAUGUUGUCCUGCAGUGGGGCGAGAUGCCCACAUCUGUUGCUCAUAUCUGCUCAAAUCAGAUCAUGGGAUGGGGAGAAAAAGCCAUUGAGAUUCGUUCUGUGGAGACUGGCCACCUGGAUGGUGUCUUCAUGCACAAAAGAGCUCAGAGGCUGAAGUUCCUUUGUGAGAGAAAUGACAAGGUGUUCUUUGCAUCAGUGAGGUCCGGCGGCAGCAGUCAGGUGUACUUCAUGACGUUGAACAGAAACUGCAUCAUGAACUGGUGAAGGAACAGCCGCUCGGGUCAGUGUGUGGAACUCCGCAGGGUUCGGAGAAGGAAGUGCAUCCGAAAUUCUCACAAAUGCGAACACCUCACUCCCUUUCUCUACAGCUCGCUCUAUCGCAAGCACUCAUCCUCCAAAGAUAUACACACACACACGCACACACACGCACACACGCACACACACACACACACACACCACACACGCACACACACACACACACACACACACACACACACACACACACACUUAGACAAACACGCAGGUACACAAACAAACGAUAUUUCAAUCCAUUCCCUCCUGAUAACAUUCUCCCUGGAAUCCAUAAUGAAAAUCACUGAGCUUCAAAUGUUUAUAGCAUCUAUUGAUUUGUACUGUAAAUAUUCUUGUCUUGAUUUACUUUACUUGGUGGACACGUGUUCAGUCGUAACUAUUUAGUUCCUAAUUGUGAAGUAUGUUAAAAACAUUCCUUGAUGGUUCAACAGUACGUUUUGAAGAAGGCAUUAUUUACUGUAUGUUUAAAUGAAGCUGUAAAUAGGUAGCACCUUACACUUGGAUCUGAAUCAUUUGCAGGCCUCUUAUAGCCUCCAUUCAGUGUGUUGCCACCGAACAAAUGGACGUCAAAUAAUAAAAUGCUGGAAUGUCCAUCUGCAGUGGCUUGUGGACCCCCAUUGUUUUGGGGCUCCCACAAUUUCAGGGAGGCUUAAAGGAAGGAUUUAGUACAAAAAAUAUAACAAAGGGACAUUAAAGUCGAGACAAAGUAGCUUGUUGAAGUAUUUUUAGUUCUGUAUAGUAACCUGAAGUCUGGCUUUCACUAACUUUUUCUGGCCUGCAAAUGAUAUUGCAACUCUAAUCACAGCAAGUAGGCCUUGAAUAAUUCAAAAGCAAAAUAGAUUUCAGUUUAAAUGUAAUAAAUGAUUAAAAAACAAACAAUCAGAAGUCUCAUAAAUGUGCAGUACUAGGACUCAGUAAUGUGAAAUCUCCUGCUUUGCCUUUUUUCUUAUGGUUUAGGUGAAGCCUUUCAUUAUUUGACUCAUCGGGCUUGUAUCUAAACUUUUUGUUUUCAUAGAUUUACAAAAUACAAAAAAAUGUUAUUUAUAUGUAGUGAUUCUGUAUUGGUAUUAGCCUACUGAUAUUUCUAAUUUUACUGUAAUUAUAUUGCCAUUAUAUUGCAAUAUAUGAUAUUCUGUGGAGUCUUUGUUUGAAGAGGGGGGUUUGUGUAUUUGGCUGGUAGUGUUUGGGAGUGUAAUGACACCUCUGGGGGGAGAGGGGAUAUUUGUCAGGAAAGUUGGACAAACGUGGAAAGAGGUUCUAGUGAUUUAAGGGAGAUCCUUUUCCUACCACAGUGAUCUACUCUUCUGUAUUAUAUUUCAGUUCUUAGACUAUUUGGUUAGUGUGGAUCUUUUUGUGAGAAGUGUUUGUUCAGGGGAUUGCAGUAGAACCGCUCUUAGUGUGGUACAGUUCAUUAGUUGUCAGGCCAGUGGAAAGAUUUAAUGUAGGGUGACUCUGCAAUACCACAGACGGCUGGAACACAUGAGACUUAAUAUAUUUUAUAUCUAUACAUUCUGCCAAAGUUCACAGCAUAAACUGCAACGGGGGAAUGAAUCGAGGCCAAAGGGAAGAGCGCUUAAAUGGCGACUAUAGACAUUUGACAAGAAAUUCUUCCUUACAGAUCACUAACCAAUGUUCCUUUCUGUAUAUACAUCCAAAAGGUCGGCUGCAUUUUCACUAAUAUUAUGGCAUCAUGCUUAAAUCGCUGACGUGGAUUUCCUAUAUAUCUUGACUCCGUGUAUUUGCUCUGCUGUUUAGUGCUCUGCUCUCAUACACGAGGCAGUACGGUAGGAUUAUGAGGCAGCGUUAUCAGGAAGUGGCUUGGUGAUUUUCUGUCAGCAGUAGGUCAACACAUGAAUCCAGCUUUUUGUUUAGUGAUUCACGGUGUUGCAUCACCACUGCUCCCACAGCACCUUGGUAUCAACAGGUGGACAUUUUAAAGUCUAGAUGUUUUUUUCUUCAAUCCAAUCAUGCAUCUUAUCAGCAUGGAGUCGUUGGGGAAACUGUUAACCAGUCAGUUCAUCUGCUUAUAAAAACGAGAUGACAUGUUAAUGUUGAAAGAACGCAACUGUAUUUCUUUGAAAAGCGCUUGAAAGGAAUCUUGGCUAGUGAUCGAUGACAUAGUCUUCAAGAAGAUAUAUUUCAUACAGGCCAAAAGAAAGCUAUAAAGAAUGCAGUACACGGUCAGGGCAGAGAGCGUUUAAUCAAAGAUUAAAUAAAUAAAUGGUUAAUUUUAUGGCGAGAUUAUAAAACAAACUGUAAAUGGGCAUGGGAAGCACUUUCACUUCAGAAAACAUACAUUUAUAAAUAUAUCUCAAGCAGAUACUUGGUGUGCAUGUAAGCCAUUGAAAUAGAGUAUGUAGUUCUGUAUCAAAGUUGUUUUCCCCUUUUUAGCGAAUGUGUUUUUAUUCUUGAAUAUCUGUUACGUGCCAUGACUUGCAUUUCAAAUGUCCGAAUUACAAUCCACCAGGAGCUCUGGCACUCAUGCUUUUUAUGGUAAAAAUCAUAAUCUUUUAGCAAUCUGCCAUGUUUACAGUUAAAGCAGUGCCUUGGAGUUAGGAAGGUGAGAGGUUUAAGGAUGGGUUAUGAGCCCCCCCACUUGUCUCUUACUUGAAAUCUCAUGAAGAAGAGGCACAGCUAUAUUUGCUCCCAUGAUUUAUGUCCUGUGCAACUUAAGUGCGCUUAAGUCAAAUCCAGAAUAGCCUGUAGAUGGACUUGAAAUGCUUUUUUGGCAACAUGUAUAUUACCUAAAAAUGAUCAACUGACGAUAAACCAUUCAGAAAAUUGCAAUAACAAAGAAGUUAACACAUUUAAUCCAGUGUAAAGGAUCUACUCACAGUGGGAGCCCGCCUAGUGAAAAGCCAUACGUAUGAAAUGUGUUUGUAGAGUAAACUUAGUACUAGUGCACAGAGCAAACUCAACCCUGUGUGUGACGUCUGCUCAGAAAACGUAGGAUCUUGCAGCAGAGACGAGAUGAGCACUUAUUCUUUAAAGAUGUUGAUCGUGUAAUCUUGUAGUGGGGAAAGUAGCUUGAUUAUAUUCUGAGAAGCCUAUUUUAUAAAAUGUGUAAAUUAGUCUAUAUUGAGAAAUCUAAGUGUAUGUACAUGUAUAAGACAGAUUUGUAUUUAUAUGAAAACAUGUACUGCUCUAUUAAUCAAAGCACAAUGUAUUUUAAGGCAGAGAGAUCAACGCUAGAAUUGAGUGAACAGUUUUUUUUCUUUUUUCUAAUUCACUCGGCAGUCGUCAAACUCGUCAGUAUGUAAUCAGUCAAAGAAGUUGGUUAUCGUGAAAGGAGUAGUCCACAGAGACCGCUGUGUACGUAGACUGUCAGUUACUGCAACAUAAAUAUACUGUCUGUCUUCUUGUUCCCAGAAGAGUCAACUGUGACAGUGAUUCAGACACUUGUGGUGACUCACAGAUGGGUGUUGGAUCUGGCCUCUGGUGUAAAUUGCCUAUUGACAGGCUGUUAAUAUGCUCAGGCGAUGACGGGAAACAUCACACUGGUGGUGAUGUGAAGGGCGUGAUGGCCCUUGAUGGGAGGCUACUGGCUCUUGGCUUUGGUCAAAAAUAUUUAAAAGCAGCAUUUAGUAUCAACUGGUGACAAAUGCAGACAAAGACAAUUAGUCAAUUAUCAUUUCUUGACAACGUAAGUUUUAUGUGACUUUGUCACCAGGUGUGAAAGGGGAACUGAUUUUACACAUCAAAGUCUGUUUACAGGUGUUGGGAGUACUACAGCAACAACUUGUAUAAAGAGUUUUGUGGCUCCAGCUGGAAGCUGUUCGGAGUCUGAUAAAUGACCUGAAGUGAUGUCACUUGAGGCAGCAUCAGUCAGGGUUGAAGGUAAAAUAAUUGGGGGGUGUGGAGUUAGAAAGAAGGGAGCUUAUCAGACAUACACAAAUGUCUGAUUCUCCAAACUGUGGGCAGUCACGUUGCAUUGUGGGUAAUGUAGGCAUCAGAUUUCCACGGACUGAUGUGCAAAAUUGGUGGGGUUCUCCUUUAACACACGUACUCAUGUUGAAUAAUAUAAAAUGUGCUUGGAAUACUUAACUGUAUUUCUACCUCGGACUGUGGUUCACAUCAAACUACUUUAUUUGCAGUUAAAUAAGAUAACAUGUCUAACUAAAAAUAAGGCAAAAUAUAGCAUUUAUUUAAUCAUCUUUGUCUGAUUUGUGUUGACAGUUUUUCUGGAUAGCAUUGCAAGUUAAUCAUUUGAUUUAGUAAAAACAGAUACAACAGUUUGUUGUAAGAAAACCCUUUUUUUUACCAAUACAGAAAUGAUCUCAAAACGAGCUCUUGCUCAAACACCUGUGGCUUAACAAUGUUGUAAAAUUGUAAUGAAUAUCUAUGUGUAGUUGUGUCAUCAACUUGAUUAAGGCAGUCACUUCUAAAUAUGAAGCUUGUAGUCUAAUUUUAUUUAGCAGAAAUUCUUUUCAUAGGUUGCGCUUUGUAAAACAGAAGAGUAGUUCUGGUUGUUGAUUUCCCUAAAAGCACCUUAGGGUGUAAAAGUGCUAUUUCAUUUUGUGUCGAGAGCCAUUUAAAGAACCUCACAAGUUAUUAGUUUUAGUGUCAGUCUGACCAUAAAUGCAUGAACUGAUUUCAUGCAACGCGGCUCUGAGCUGUAGGUGGAGUGCUGAAGGUGUAGAACACCGUCUUUAGAGACGGUUGUUGUCUGAGAUGAUGACAUUUCCUUUUUAAUGAGCAAUACAAGCAGUUGAACAAAUCAAAACCGCGGCUGUCCAUCUCAGUGUGACCUACAGGAAGUGGCCUUUGGCAGACUGAAUGUAGGCUGGUUUGUGUGUUGCUUGUUACAGAAAUGACUCUGUACUUUAAUUUUGUUUUUAAUCUCAAGAAGACACAAUCACCUGUUGGGAUGCUUGUUCUUGUUUUGCUAUAUUAAAUUUCCAGAAACUGCCUUGACAAACUCCAUAAAUGGAUGAUCGAUAAUAUUGCGAUGAGGCACUCCUCUCUCAUAGUUUAUAUUUCUAAUCGGUUACGUAUGAAUGGAUUAGCAGCUGUAGCUGGGAGCGAGGCAGAUCAAACUUUGGGAGCUCUAUAACAAUGUGUACCUUGGGACAGAACUACAAUAUCUAUUAUUUUUCAACAACUUUUUCUUUUCUUUAAAGACGGUAAACAUCUUUGCAAUGUUUUAGUGUGUGUGCGCGUCUGUUUUACUUGUGAGAGGUUAACUCCAGAUUGUAUUUCAUAGACUGAUAAACUUUAAACUUUCAAAAGAUUGUGUUCAUGAAUUCAUGUCUUAAUACAGAAUUGUUUGAAAAAUAAAAUACCUUAAUCUCA